CGUUCGCUAGCAACUGAUUGCAGUCUGCACUGCUGUGCGUGUGUGUUCGUGUAUGUGUGUGUGUGUGUGUGCAUGCAGACAGCGAGCGAGGUGGUUGACUAUACUUGGCGUGAUAUUACUCCCUUCCUGCACACCAGCUUCCUGCCUUGUUCGCACGAUUCGCGUGUUGGCUUUUCGUGUGUCGCAGCCCGACAGAAAUCGCAGCACCUUUUCGUUGCGCUGGACAUUUACCUCACCUGCAUGCAGUUCAUGUGAGUCAGGUGCACCUGUGCUACACUUACUCAGCCGAAGAUGUCUGCUAUACCCACGAUGGCAUUCAACUUGCGCUCGUCGAAGUUCCGACAUGUCUACGGCGUGCCGGCGAAGAAGAACCAGUGCUACGAGUGCAUCAACAUCACGAAGAAUGCUCACGACAGCAACUUCUGCACCGUCAACCCAAAGUUUGUCGCCGUCGUCACAGAGUGCGCCGGCGGAGGCAGUUUUCUCGUGCUGCCCAUCGAGAAGACCGGAAGACAAGAGAUCAAUGUGCCGAAGGUCACUGGUCACAAAGGUGUCGUGCUCGACGUCAAGUGGAAUCCAUUCAAUGACAACAUCAUCGCCUCCUGCUCUGAGGAUUGCACAGUGAAGCUGUGGUUUAUCCCGGACGGAGGUCUGCGGUCGAACCUGAACGACUGGAUUAUGGACUUGCACGGACAUGAGAGGAGGGUCGCGUCGCUGGAGUGGCAUCCCACUGCAGAGAACAUCCUCCUCAGCGCUGGAUUUGACUACAAGAUUAUUGUCUGGAACGUUGGUAAAGGUGAAGUCGUCAAUGAGAUUGAGUGUCACACAGACACCAUAUACUCGAUGUCAUUCAACCGCACUGGUAGCCUCCUAGCCACCACAUGCAAGGACAAGAAGAUACGAAUAAUCGAGCCACGGACCGGAGAAGUGUGCAAGGAAGGUUUGGGUCAUCAGGGGUCAAAGUCAACAAAGGUUGUCUUCAUGGGGGAUCAUGGGAAGCUGCUAACGACUGGAUUCUCUAGGAUGAGUGAACGUCAGCUGGCAAUAUGGGACCAGAAUGACCUCUCUAAACCACUGAAGUUGGACAUCAUUGACUCGUCGUCUGGCAUCCUGAUUCCUCACUAUGAUUACGACACCAACAUCGUAUACAUUGCUGGCAAGGGCGACGGCAACAUUCGCUACUACGAGCUCGUGAACAGUGCUCCCUACAUUCACUACCUGAGUGAAUACAAGUCGUCGGCGCCGCAGCGCGGACUUGGUACGAUGCCAAAGCGCGGGCUGGAUGUGAUGCGCUGCGAGGUGACACGCUUCUACAAGCUGCACAUCGUCAAGGGCAUUGUCGAGCCGAUCGCGAUGGUCGUGCCGCGCAAGUCGGAGCAAUUCCAGAGUGACAUAUUUCCCGACACGGCCGGAACUCUCCCAGCAAUCUCAGCUGAUGAAUGGGCGCAGGGCAUUGACAAGGCACCCAACCUGAUGUCACUGAAGGUUGGUGGUCAGAAGAAAACCCACAAACCACAGGUGUACCGGCCAGGUGAGAAUCCGCUGGAUAGUCGCAACCUGUCGAACAUGAAGUUCAAAUUUGUGCAGGAGGAGACAAAAGGGGCAGACUAUAGGCAAGUCCAACACAAAAGCGAGAAAUCCUCAGCCUCCUCUACAAACGUCGUGCGAAAAAACCUGGAGAACAGGAAGAGGAUGGAGGAAUCACGAGGAGGAGAGACUGAGGAUAUCUCAGAUGGGAGACUUCCAAAACGCAAGACCGUCGAUAUGGACAACAUCGCUGAUAUUCCUGAGUCUGAGUUGAGGAAGGCUUACUUUGAGCAGCUUGAGGAGAUCCGAUUUCUCAUGGACCAAGUCAGUCUGAAGGACAGGCGUAUACAACAGCUUGAGGACGAGCUCAAGACACGAUAAGCUGCACGUCGCCGUGACGACGCCAGAUGGCGUGCCGCAGAGGAGGCGCGUGUAGGUCGUCGUAUUUACGCGCAGUGUCAUUUAGACGUUAUCGAAUGUGUGGAUGUGUGUGUGUGUGUGUGUGCGUGCAAGCGUGCAUGCGUGCGUGCGUGCGUGCGCGUGUGCGCGUGCAGUCUCCUCCAGGUGCCGUUGCAGCCCACAGCAUACAGGCGUGGGUGUGUGCGUGUGCGUGCUGUAACGAAUUGGAAGAUUAACGGUUCACUUGUCAUAUUGUCGUGUCGGUGUGGGAUAGCCAGGUGGCGCCGUUCAUAGCCUAUAAUGGCCAGGUCUGGCACAGAUUUUCCACGCGAGGGUGUGCUGUAUGUAUGCUGGCUUUCCCUUGAGGCCUGUUUCAUGUUUGUCUGUGCCCCAGACUGCACUGCCCUUGUGCAUAGCCUCACAUCACCGAGCAGAUCGCCUGGACUCAACUAUAUAUAGCAACCUAUUGCUUUUGCAUACGUAUAUGUCCAAGUAAGGUUUAAGAAGUGUUGAUGGAAGCAUGAAAUAUCUUAUAAGGUAUGUAGAAGAAUAUGUAUAUUGUAAGUGUGGAAUAUCGAGCUAAAUAUUAAGCGAAUCGUAGCAUUAUGAAAUGCCAUGUGUGUAUAGCUGAGUAUGGAAUAUCACAAAAGCUUGACAAACAUAAGCCUCAGUGCUCUGUCAGAUGCAGUUUUACAGACUGAAUAACAUAUGAGGCAUGGAUAUACGUAGUGUGACGUCAGCCACAGCUUUGAUUCUUAACGACAGGUGUUUUAAUGUUCCAGAAGCUUCACAAACAUUCCCGAGAGACGCACCAGGUUUGUGAUAGUAUUACAGUGACCUUUAACGUCAUUGAUUGAGUAGUCUGGAAGAGGCAGACCUACUUUUUAACGUUGCGAAGUCUUUUAGUCCAUUCCACGAUUUUACUGUUAGCCAGCAGUGCUCAACGGGUGGUGAAUAACCGUGGAGAGUAACGAUAACAUUCCGAAAAACAACCAAAUACAACAUUCCUUUACAAAACCAAAUCAACCUUCCUUGAAGUAUUGAUAUAAAUUCUGGUUCAUUGCUCCACUCGUAACGUUAGACCUUUGUUUUCUCUCCCGUCUUGAAGCUAAUUAGCUUCUUUUAUGCCUUAUUGUGCGAAUGCUGCACUGUGUCCACGCGUGCAUGGACAUUGAUCACACGUUCAUCCUGUAGACGUCGGCAUCCCAGUCCUUCUCUAUGCUAAUGAUAGGGAAUGAUAAGAUUGUGGUGUAGAUAUAUUCUCCUGAAUCAUGGAAACUGCAUAAGAUUGUGAUGUAGAUAUAUUCUCUUGAAUCAUGGAAACUGCAUUAGGUUCAGUUAAAUUCGUACAGCUCCAUUUACAGCAACUACGAUUUAAGAUUGCCGUAACAAUCUUCAUCCUUGUAAAAGCUAGCGUUUGCACUGUGUGAGCCGUGUCGCAUGGUCGCCAUAGCAAUGUCUUUGUUUAAGGUCAGUCGAUCAGAUAUUAAUUACCUGCAUAAUUAGACAAGCGAACAGGCAACUGCUUGUUUCAAUGUAAUCUUUUAACUCAGUCUCUCUCCUCACCUGCCUCUCGUUAGCAGUAGCUCCACUCACAGAGUGCAGUAUGAAUGUUUAACUACUACUGCGCUGUCACGUGUAGCUUCAUCUUGCUAAUUAGCUGAGCUGAUACAACUAUGUGUGCAUUUUAGAUUUAGUGUAGACCGAUUUUUAGUAAAACGGUAUACGAGAAAAACGUUUGUGACUGGUGACAGCGAGUUUGAAUGACAUUUAUAACAGACGUGUCGCCUAAUAAUAGAAAAUAUUAUUGAACUAAUUAAUUCUACUCGUUGUAAUGUCUCUUGAGUGUUUUUUAGUGAUCAAGGCUAUAUGUUGAGACCUUUUUGUUUGCAUAUAAAUUUUAUGCAAUGAAAUCCCUUUAUUACGAGCACUGCCUUAUAUUUUUAUGAGAUUUCUCAUUUAUACUGUGUUUAGUAUUUAUAUAAAUAUAUAUAUAUAUAGAAAAAGAGAGAGAGAGCGAGACAGGUAGAUUUAUUGAAAUGUAUGAAAUGUAUUAGUCAUCAAGGUUAGCUGAAAAUAUUGUGAUGAAAAUGUUCUGAGAUUUUGUAAAAAUGUUUCUAAAGCUUCAUUCGCAAAUGUUGCUACUGUUAUUUCGUUGCACGCUUAGCCGACUCCCUUGAAUAUGAUUUGUGAUGGACAUACGUGGAGAGACCCAUUCCUUGUUGCGAAACAGGUAGAGUAACUGGGCAUCAGUCGUGACUCGUGUGACGGUCGAAAGUAAUAGCGGGACUUUGAAACAUUUUCUGGUGUCAUUUGUAGGUGGCGCUGAACCGUGUAAAAUACGCUAUGGCUUUUGGGGCAUUGCAUUUCCAACUAGCUGCAAUAUAGUGCAGUAUUACACUAAACAGAAUAGUUUCGGUGCUGCCAGUGGCACUUUUGUGGGUAUGCAUGAUUUUCCCAUUUUCACGGAGACAAACAGUAACACAAUAAAACCAUUUUACCACCAAACAGUGUAUGUAAGGUUUAAUAUGAACAUAUCUGUAUUCAGGGGGAAUCGAGUAAAAAAUUAGUUUAUAGUCAUUACAAUUGUUGGGAAAGUGAUACUUUAUCAAUUUAAAACACCCAUGCGUUGACAUCAGCCUGUUGUAUAAUACUGAUAAUCAUAAAUUACAUUAUGGCGCCUCUAGCUCAGUAACGCUGAUAGGGUCUAUGUCUCCCUGGGUACUGCCGGAACGUACCCUGGUAACUAUCUGAUAUGGUUAGGGUUAGGGAAUAGGCGUAGGCGACUCCCUAGACUCGUUAGUGGAGUAGGUGUAAUAAUGAGUUCCUUCUACUCGUUUGUUAUCCGUGAUCGUAUGAGUGGUCUACGUAUAUUGUUAGAGAUAUCGCUGUACGCAUCAUACACCAGUCACUGACCACUGCAGGUACGUGGUUAAAGUACAAACAUCUUUACUGUUCGGGAAUGAUAAGACAUAUAAUGUGUGCCCAUGUAAUGAGCAGAACGUAUACAGAUGUGUAUGCGCUAUACGAACAGAACUUACAUCUCAAGCGUUGGUAGUAGUAACCGCAACAGUAAGACUAGAUAUACGUGUAUCGACUGGAUCGCAAAUAGCAGAGAGAGGUAAUUUCAUGGAAUGCACUUUAAAUACUGACGCCGUCGUCAUUGUUUUAGCCAACGCCCUCCCAUUGGUCGAGGCAUCUCGAGUGACCGCUGGUCAGGCGUGUCAACGCAAUGGCUGGCUAGGGUCGUUGGCACGCCCCUUGACCCCCCGGCCCACGUGCGUCUCUUAAGAACAAAGAGCUUUGUUCUUAUCAUUCUAAUUUAUCCUUAUUAUUACAUAUUACAUAUUCCGUAUUACAUUGGCGAGGUACGGUCCGGCAUAUUAGAUAGUACCAGGGUACGUUCCGGUAUACCAGACCGUACCCAGGGAGACAUACACCCUGGCAACCUCAGUAACACCAAUCAGCGGUUCACAUUGUUGUCCUUAUUUUUGCUUCAGUACUACUGUAACUACCGGUAUAGUUGGGGUAUGAUGAUGCCUUAACCUGGCAGGUCAUGACGAUUUAUUCAAAGAUGCUUCUGCUUUAAAGAAAACCAGUGUAACGUUAGUAUUGCUAUGGUUACCAAUGACAAGCUUAAAUUCCACCGUUUGUGUGCAUUCAGAUUUUCUGAACAUUACUGUGUAUAAUUUAUUUCGUCUGUACUAAUAAAAUCAUUGUGUUGAGAAAAUAUUACUAAA